AUGAAAUUUACUAACGAAGAAGCAUUAAAUUUUACAAAGGGAAGCGUUGCUCUAUUAGUUGCAUGGCCACCACUGAUGAACGCCUCAAGGAAAAAAUUAUUCUUUCUCGAUGUUUACAUUUACGCUUCCGUUAUAAGCGCUCUGAUAAUCUUAGUGUUGAUGAUAAAUGAAAUGAUCGUUAAUCGCAAUAAUUUCGAGAUAAUGGUACAAUCAAUGUGCAUCGCACUAUGUAUUCUACAAAUGAUUAUUAAAAUGAUGACAUGUAGAAUACAACGUCCGAGUUUAAAGUCGAUAAUAAUGGAAAUGGAAAAUAUCAUUGAACAAGCCGCACCAUAUGAAAAAGAUAUAUUAGAAAAAUAUGUGAAUAGAUCUGCGAUACUACAUCUAUCUUUUACAUUUGGAUUUUAUUUAGCCGCUAUGAAUAUCAUUUUAGGACCAAUAUAUCUACCACAAUCGUUACCAAAUAUUAUAACUUAUCCUUUCGACGUAGAAAAACAUCCCAUUUACGAAAUUAUUUAUUUUCAACAAUCAUUAACUGCUUUACAAGUUUCGGCAUGUGCAACGAUUGAUUGCCAGAUCGCACUUUUACUAUGGUUCGCUGGUGCAAGAUUUGAAAUGUUGGAAAUUGAAUUAUCCAAUACUGUCGACGACUACGAUCUUAAACGAUGUAUAGUGAAACAUUAUCAAAUAAUUAGUUACGCAGGAAAGUCAGAUGAAAUAGGGGUCAAAUUCCAAUUCCUCAUGUUGGAUUUUGUCGCUGUUAUACAAUUAUUUUUGAACUCACAUCCGGCUGAAAAUUUAAUAGAAAUGAGCACUGCGAUUGGAACGGCAGCAUAUAACUUGAAUUGGAUGGAUAACUCACGAAAAAUGUGGCAAAAUGUAUGCUUUCUAAUUCAAAGAUCUCAAAAACCAAUUACAGUCUGUAUUCCUGGAUUUAUACCUACAUUGUCUCUAACUUAUUACAUGUCGAAUGUAAGAGAAGUGCAAAGAACAUUGUAUUUUCGUCUAUGCACAAUGGAAUACGAAAUCAGAAGUAAAAACGUACUAAAAAAACUUUCUACGCCAUUUAAAAUGGAAUAUGUCUAA